CUGUGCCUUCAUGGAUUACUCCCACCAGCUAGUCCUGCUGCUGCUGUCGACCUGCAGCCUCCUGCCAGAUCUGCAGCUCUGCUUCAACUUUGACACCAAGAACUUCAAGAUCUUCUCUGGUUCUAAAGAAACCCAGUUUGGAUACACAGUCCAGCAACAUGAGGCAGGAGGACGCCAGUGGUUGCUGGUUGGAGCUCCCUUCGAAUCCACAGGGACACAGCGGACUGGUGAUGUGUACAGAUGUCCGCUGGAUGGCAGAGGCCCUGCGAACUGCAGCCGACUCAACCUGGGGAAUCUGUCUAUGGGGACCGAGUUUGAGGUGAAAGACAACAUGAGGCUGGGGAUGACGCUGACCUCCAGCCCCAAAGACAGCAGCUUUGUGACCUGUGGCCCACUCUGGUCUCAUGAAUGUGGAAGCUCCCUGUACAGCACAGGAAUCUGCUACAGGAUUAGCCGAUCCUUCAGACCAUCCCACAUCAUUGCUCCUGCCCUGCAAAGGUGUGAGAUGUUCACGGACAUCGUGAUUGUUCUGGACGGCUCUAACUCCAUCUACCCCUGGUACGAGGUCCAGGACUUCCUCAUCAACAUCCUGCACAAGUUCUACAUCGGCCCAGGUCAGACGCAGGUGGGCGUGGUUCAGUACGGCUCCACAGUGGUCCAUGAGUUCAGCCUGGGCGAGUACCAGACGGUGGAGGAGGUGGUGGAGGCUGCCAGGAGCAUCAUCCAGCGGGGGGGAGAGGAGACCAGGACGGCGCUGGGCAUCAAUGUAGCACGGUCAGAGGCGUUCGAGCGGGGGGGUCGGCCCGGCGCUCAGAAGGUUAUGAUUGUAAUCACAGAUGGCGAAUCUCACGACAGCCCUCAGCUGGUUCAGGCUGUGGCUGACAGCGAGAGGGACAACAUCACCAUGUACGCCAUUGCUGUUCUGGGCUCUUACAACCGCCGUAGAAGGAAAACUGAAGCUUUCCUCAAAGAGAUCAAGUUCAUCGCCAGCGACCCCGAUGAAAAGCACUUUUUCAAUGUGACGGAUGAGUCAGCGCUGAAGGACAUUGUGGAUGCUCUGGGAGAGAGGAUUUUCACUCUGGAAGGGACCAGCAAUCAGGGUCAAGGCUUCGGUCUGCAGAUGGCUCAGGCUGGUUUCUCCUCUCAUCUAGUCAAAGAUGGCGUUCUGCUCGGGGCGGUGGGCGCCUACGACUGGAACGGCGCUGUGCUCAAAGAGACUAAACAUGGCAAAGUUGUUCCUCCAAAAUCCUCAUAUAAGGAUGAGUUUCCAGAGGAGCUGAAGAACCAUGGAGCCUACCUGGGUUACUCAGUCGGUUCACUCAUUGCAUCUCACGGCUCUCAGCUCUACGUGGCCGGAGCACCAAGGUUCAACCACACUGGAAAGGUCAUCAUCUUCACCCUGAAGAACACGGGAAACCUGACCAUCCUGCAGGCAUUGCUGGGAGAGCAGCUCGGGUCGUAUUUCGGCAGCGAGCUGUUAUCGAUGGACAUAGACGGGGACGGAGAGACUGAUGUUCUCCUGGUAGCUGCACCCAUGUACUACAGCCAGGGCUGGGAGAGAGGGAAGGUUUACUCCUACGCCGUUACACCACAGACACCCAUCAUCCUGCAGGGGGUGCUGCAGGUUUCUGAGCGCUCUCAGAACUCCCGGCUGGGUUCAGCGUUGGCCCAGAUACCUGACAUGAACGGAGAUGGGUUCACGGAGCUGGUGGUGGGAGCGCCGCUGGAAGAUGACCACCAGGGGGCGAUCUAUAUCUUUUAUGGCCAAGACAAAUCAAUCCAACGCCAGCACAAACAGCGUCUGUCUGCAGCCAGUUUUUCUGCAGGUCUGCAGUAUUUUGGACAAAGUCUUCACGGUGUUCUGGAUGUCAAUGCAGAUGGGCUUGUUGACCUUGCAGUGGGAGCGCUGGGAGCUGCCAUCAUCAUCUGGUCUCGCAGUGUGGUGCGGCUUCAGGCCAAACUGACCUUUGAGCCUGAGAAGGUCAACAUCUUUAACAAAGACUGUCAGCGAGGAGGGAAGGACGUCACCUGCAUGUCUGUCAUCGUCUGUCUGAGUCUGGACUCCCGGACAGAGACCAGGACAAAGACCAAGACCGAUGUUGCUGUUUGGUACAGUCUGCUGCUGGAUGAGAGGCGUCUUCCUCCUCGAGCCAUUCUGGAUGAGUCAGACCGACAGCAGCCCCGGCAUCUGCUCCUGCAGAUCGGAGGCCAGAGCUGCCAACGCCUCAGCUUCUCUGUGCAGGAGACAGCAGACUACGGGCGUCCCAUUGCGGUUGUGUUGGCAAUGGGAAUGCAGAACCCAGACGAGGGGCCGGUGCUAGACCCCGACUGGCCGAGCACCCUGAGGGCCGAGCUUCCCUUCUGGAACGGCUGUGAGCAGGAGGAUACCUGCGUUCCUGACCUCAUCCUCCACAGUCACACUGACCUCGUGGAUGUUCAGCAGUUCUGCAGCUCCAGGGAUGGAGCCACCUGGUCCCUCUGCAGCCAUCAGGGGGCAUCCGGGGACGAGCUGUUUGUGGUGGAGUCCGGGCGGAGGAGGGUGGUGGUAUUUGCUCGAUUGGAGAACCAGGGAGAAAAUGCAUAUGGAGCCGCCAUCCACAUCUUCACCUCCGCCAACCUGCUGUUCUCCAGCCUCAUAGUCAAGGACCAAUCAAACAUUCAGUUUGACUGCUACUCUGAGGAGGGACUGGCCAGUCAGAGGCUCUGUAACAUCAGUGCUCCCUUCAUGAAGUCCUUGUCCCAGGUGUCGUUCCGUCUGGAGUUUGAGUUCAGCCGCUUUGUCUUCCUGGAUCAUGUGCGAGUCAGAAUGGCAGCCAGCAGUGAGGGUGAGGAGGGAUACCCAGACGACAACACCAAUGAGCUCUUUCUCCCUCUGAAAUACCAAACUGAUCUCCUCUUCACCAGAGACUCCAAUCCUCUUCGUUUUCACAUCAAACCAGACUCCUCGUCUUCAUCCUGGGGCCAAACUGACAGCAGCUCCACCUCCUUCAACCUCACCUAUUAUAUCCAGAACCUGGGCAUCUUCUCUGUGCAGGAGCUUCUGUUCAGGGCUGAUGUCUGGGCUGUGACCAGGCAGGGCAACCAGCUGCUGAACAUCUUAGACUGCAGCAUCGAACAGCAGGCAGCGGGGUUUCACUGCAUGCUGCCUCAGGUCAGAACUGCCAGCCAGGUUACAGCUGAGGACGUGUCUCACUUGACACAACUGAACGGCAGCAACAGUCGGAGCUUGGUGGUGCAGUGCGGACUGAACCUGCCGGCCUCCACACAGGUGAAGGUGACGCUUAGAGGAAGACUUCAGCUGCCUGCUCUGCUCGCUGUGAGCUUCAGGUCUCUGGAGCUACUGAGUGCUGCCUCCAUCCAGCUGGAUACCUCCAGCCCCAUGUUCCUGCAGGAGGACAGACCUGUCAGACAGAUCAUCCUGGAGCUCAGGAAGGAGGAGGACUUUACCAUCCCAGUCUGGAUUAUACUAGGCAGCUUGCUGGGAGGCUUGCUGCUACUGGCCUUACUGGUCGUGGCCCUGUGGAAGCUCGGCUUCUUCAACAGACACAGGCAACAGGAAGAGGAGGAGCAGCCAGUGGCCAAUGGAAAGGCAGCAGAUGAGCUGUAAGGUGUGGGAGAUGAUGCUUUGUUCGCUUCUUCCUCAUCAACUUGUAAAAUCACAGAAUCAGGUUGUUCAUGACCCACAGGCACGUGCACAGAGAACAUGGAGCUAAACCAGGCCUUUUACUAAUAAUCUGCAUCUGAAUGAGGUGGCAAGGAUGAUG